AGUCUUCUUGUUAAAAAGCUUGAAAAUAGUGAAGACCCCAAGUUAGCGGAAGGAGUCUUGAAGUUUUCGUGCAAACUCCAGAGGCUGAUGAAAUCCAUGAAUGGUAACCUAACCUCGGCACUCUUCAAUUCUGGGGCAGCUGAGCUAAGUAAGUCAAGAAAUGGGAAGAAGAUAAAGGUUCAGCCUAACCGAAAAAGAAAGUCGAGCAAUGGCAGUCAUCAAGCAGUAGCUAAAGGUCGCCCAGCUGCAUUUGUUGCUGUUGGUGUUCCAACCAAAAAGGCAAAGCGAAGUCAUAGUUUGGCUGUCUCUGUUGCACAGAAUACUAAUGUGUCCAGAAAGUCUGGCUCACAUGUAAUGAAGUCAAGAACACGUCAUGUUUUUAAAUAA